AUGGGGGGAAGGCGGCGCCCAGAAUGUAUGGCAGCAAGGGGGCUGGCAGGGGGAGGGAUUGGAGGUGGUUUGCAACCCGGGGGAGGGGCGGGCUCCAUCGCGAAUGGCAACAGGGGUUGGCUGGUGUCGAGUAUGACUGGCAGGGAGAGAGAGUGCGGGCGGGAGAUUGUGAACGUGCUUGAUGAGUGGUGCGACAAGCUGGAGGCCGGCAAGGCGCAGGGGGAGGGGGAGGGGGAGGCACGGACUGGGGAAGGUGCAUCUGCAGGGAAGGCGAAGGGAGGUUCGUCCAUCGAUGCGCUGCUGGCGAAUGAAGUGGCUGCACUCAAGAAACAGCCUCGGUUCGUGAGUGUGGAGUCUGGGUGCAAGGCGCUGCUGUUCGUGAGGAUUAGAGAGGAUGCCAGGAAGGGGGGGAAGGGAGAGAAGGGAGGAAAGAAGUUGGAGGGAGAGGAGAAGGAGGAGGAGGGUGAGAAGGAGGAGGAGGGGAAGACGGAGGAAGGGGAAAAGGAGGAGGAGAAGGGUGAAGGAGACAAGGAGGCGAAGGAGGGAGAUAAGGCCGGGGAAAAGGAGCAGGAGAAAGAGCAGGAGGAAGAGCAGGAGGAAGAGCAGGAGGAAGAGCAGGAGGAAGAGGUUACAGGAGGAGGAGAGAAGGAACCGGAGAAGGAGGGACAGGGAGGGGAGGGGGAGAAAGGGGAGGCGGGGGGAGAGCAGGGAAGGGUGUCGCCGUGUGAGUUGGCAGAGGCGGUGCUGCGGCAUGCCAAGGCAACCCAGCAGUCAGCCACGCGGUGGGUGUGGGGCAGUGGAUGUGGGGCAGUGGAUGUGGUGUGGGGCAGUGGGUGUGGGGCAGUGGGUGCGGGCUUCACCCUCCGCCUGCUGCCAGUGGAAACCACGUGCUACGCCUCCCAAGAGGAGAUCGCCUCGGCCAUCAAGCCUCUCAUUGCUACGCACUUCCCCCCGGUUGGCCAAUCAGCAAGCGACACGUCAGAGGCCCAAUCCAAGGGAUCAACGUUCGGAAUCAUAUUUGAGAAGCGAGCCAACGAAGGGCUUGAGAGAGCAGGCGUGAUCGACACUGUAGCAAAGCUGGUGCCUGCUCCGCAUAAAGUGGACCUACGGAACCCAGACAAGACCAUCAUGCUGCAAGUGGUGAAGACCAUCUGUUUCAUCUCCAUCUUAGACGAUUUCAAGGCCCUUGCCAAGUACAACCUGCGCCAGUUGUGCCUCCCCCAGGAGGAUGCCAAGCCUGGUGCUGCUGGGGAAGCCAAGCCUGGUGCUGCUGGGGAAGCCAAGCCUGCUGCUGCUGGGGAAGCCAAGCCUGAUGAUGCUGCUGAUGCUAGCGCUAGUGAUGAAGGGGGCGAUGGUAAUGCUGGUGCUCCUACAGCUCCGCCCUCUAUUGUUCUUGCAGCCCCAUCUGCUGCCAUCCGCACCAAAGCAGGAGCUGCCGCUUCUGUAGCAGCUCCUGAGGCCAGUCCUGGUGCUUCUGCAGCCCCAUCCGCAGCAGCACCUGUCGUUCCCGCUGCGGCUCCUGCUGCCCCUUCUUCAGCCUCUCCUAUGGCCUCUGCCACCCCUGCUGCGGCAUCCGCCGCUCCUGCUGUGGCCUCUGCCGCCCCCGGUGUGGCCUCUGCCGCCCCUGCUGUGGCUUGUGCCGCCCUUGCUGCCCGUGCUGUCCGGCUCGUGCAUGCAGCCCUAUCCUCUGCAGCUCCUUUAGCCCCAGUUUCUGCCAUCCCCACCAGCUGCCCAGCUAUCCUGCCAUAA